UUCCGGUUCGUUCUGCGCGGGUUCGACGCUGAUGUCUCCACCGGAUCCUCCGGCCCCGCGUGCAGAUUAACAGGUAUGCCAAAGGAAAAAUAUGACCCUCCAGAUCCCCGCCGAUGUUACACCAUCAUGGCAGCCGAGGACGUAGCCAAUGGGAAGAAGUCUUACUGGGCUGAGCUGGAGAUCUCUGGGCGGGUGAGGAGUCUGAGCAGCUCGCUGUGGACGCUCACUCACCUGACGGCGCUGCACAUCAACGACAACAACCUGAGCCGCAUCCCGCCGGACAUCGCCAAGCUGCCGCACCUGGUCUACCUGAACCUGUCGUCCAAUAAGCUGCGGAGCCUUCCCGCCGAGCUGGGCAACAUGGUCGCUCUCAGGGAAUUGCUUUUAAACAACAAUCUUUUGCGGGUUCUGCCUUACGAGCUCGGGAGGCUGUUCCAGUUACAAACCCUGGGGCUGAAAGGAAAUCCUUUGUCCCAAGAUAUCCUGAAUCUCUACCAGGAGUCGGACGGAACCAGGAAGCUUUUGAACUACAUGCUCGACAAUCUGGCCGUGCACCCGGAGCAGCUCCCCCAAAGACCCUGGAUCGCGCUGAAGGAGCGAGACCAGAUGAUGCCGGCAGCCGUGUUCACGGUCAUGUGCUACAACGUGCUGUGUGACAAGUACGCCACGCGGCAGCUGUACGGCUACUGUCCGUCCUGGGCCCUCAACUGGGAGUACCGGAAGAAAGGCAUCAUGGAGGACAUCACCGGCUGUGACGCAGACAUCAUCAGUCUCCAGGAGGUGGAGACGGAGCAGUACUACGCCAUGUUUCUGGAAACGCUAAAGGAGCACGGCUACGACGGCUACUUCUGUCCAAAGUCUCGCGCCAAACUGGUUUCUGAGCAGGAGAGGAAACACGUGGACGGCUGCGCUGUGUUCUUCAAGACGGAGAAGUUCACGCUGAUCCAGAAACACACGGUGGAGUUCAACCAGGUGGCCAUGGCCAACUCGGAGGGCUCCGAGGUCAUGCUGAACCGAGUGAUGACCAAAGACAACAUCGGCGUGGCCGUGCUGCUCGAGGUCAACAAGGACGUGUUCUCCGGAGGCAUGAAGCCGCCUCAGGAGAAGCAGCUGAUCCUGGUGGCCAACGCCCACAUGCACUGGGACCCCGAGUACUCGGACGUCAAGCUGAUCCAAACCAUGAUGUUCCUGUCGGAGCUGAAGAGCAUCGCUGAGAGGGCCGCGGGCUCCAUGGCGACCGGCUCGCCGACCUCCGACCCCUCCUCCGUCCCCAUCGUCCUGUGCGCCGACCUCAACUCGCUGCCCGACUCCGGGGUAGUUGAAUUCCUGAGCAACGGAGGAGUGGCUGAGAACCACAAGGACUUCAAGGAGAUCCGCUACAGCGACUGUCUCACCAACUUCAACUGCAACGGCAAGAACGGCAACUCGGACGGGAGCAUCACGCACAGCUUCCAGCUGAAGAGCGCCUACGACAGCAAUCUGAUGCCUUACACCAACUACACAUACGACUUCAAGGGCGUGAUCGACUACAUCUUCUUCUCCAGGAACCACAUGAGUGUCCUGGGCCUCCUGGGCCCUCUGGACAGCCAGUGGCUCAGCGACAACAGCAUCACCGGGUGCCCGCACCCCCACAUCCCCUCGGACCACUUCUCCCUGCUGGCCCAGCUGGAGCUCCGCCCCUCCCUGCCCCACCCGCUCAACCCCCUCAACGGGCUGCACCUGCCCGUCAACAGGUAG